GUUUUCAAAACCAAAGGUUAUCCUCCAGUUACAGCAAGGCGAAGACCCCUGGAUGGUGGAAAAUGAAGCUUGUCAAGCUGUGUGUCCAGGAUGGGAGAGGUUGUCUGAAACCACAGUUUGCCAAGAAGAAAACCAGGGAUUAAUAAAUAAGCCCAUAAGUGAUACUUUUGACAUCAAGUUGGAAAAAGCCUGCAUAAAUGAAAACAAUCUAGAGAAGCAAGAAGGCAAAAUGAACAAUCCUUUCAGGACAGUCUUUGUUACAAUCCAGAAAACUUACAUACAGGAGAGGAAUUUUAUAGGCAUUGAACUUGAGAAAAAUAUAGGCCUGAAGUCAUCACUUAAUAAAAAACCCAGUACUGGAUGCAGAGGAAGGAAACCAAACUCACAGAAAUAUUCAAUUCUAUUUAAACAACUGGGAAUCAAUAUAAUACGUAAGUGUUAUAAAUGUAAUAUCUGUGAAAAAGUCUUCCUUCACAGUUCAUCCAUGGGUAAGCAUCAAAGAAUCCAUACUGGAGAGAAGCUUUAUAAAUGUAAAGAAUGUAGGAAAGCUUUCAGCCAAAGCUCAUCUCUAACUCAGCACCAGAGAGUUCAUACUGGAGAGAAACCUUAUAUAUGUAGUGAAUGUGGAAGAGCUUUCAGUUUCACUACAUCUCUCAUUGGACAUCAGAGAAUGCAUACUGGAGAGAGACCCUACAAGUGUAGUGAAUGUGGAAAGACAUUUAAAGGUAGCUCAUCCCUUCAUAAUCAUCAGCGAAUUCAUACUGGAGAAAAGCCCUAUAAGUGUAAUGAAUGUGGUAGAGCCUUUAGCCAGUGCUCUUCUCUUAUCCAGCACCACAGAAUUCAUACUGGAGAGAAACCAUAUGAAUGUAGUCAAUGUGGUAAAGCUUUUACUUCAAUCUCUCGGUUAAGUAGACACCAUAGAAUUCACACUGGUGAGAAACCGUUUAAUUGUAAUGAGUGUGGGAAAGUAUUCAGUUAUCAUUCAGCCCUUAUUAUACAUCAGAGAAUCCACACUGGUGAGAAGCCAUAUGUAUGUAAAGAAUGUGGGAAAGCUUUUAGCCAAAGCUCUGCUCUCAUACAACAUCAAAGAAUUCAUACUGGAGAAAAACCCUACAAAUGUAGCCAAUGUGGGAAAGCUUUCUCCUGGGUUUCACGACUUAAUAUACACAGUAGAAUUCAUACUGGAGAGAAACCAUAUCAUUGUAAAGAAUGUGGAAAAUCGUUCAGUUCCCAUUCAGCAGUUAAUACUCAUAGAAAAAUUCAUACUGGCGAAAAACCGUAUAAGUGUAGUGACUGUGAAAAAACCUUCAACCAAAGUUCAGCUUUGAUUCAGCACCAGAGAAUUCAUACUGGAGAAAAACCAUACAACUGUAAAGUGUGUGCAAAAGCAUUUAGACAAAGUUCAUCCCUUAUGACACAUAUGAGAAUUCACACAGGAGAAAAGCCUUACAAAUGUAAAGAAUGUGGGAAAUCUUUUAGUCAGAGCUCAUCCCUUACAAAUCAUAAGAGAACUCAUACUAGAAAAAAAUAUAAAUAAAAUGCAUGCAGAAAACUUUCCAAAUGAUGUUCACCUCAUACUGAAUGUUAGUAACUCAUCUUGGGAGACAGUGAUAAAUAUUAGUUAAUUGUGGGUUAAAUUUCAGAACUUCAAUUUCAUCAAAUACCAGUUUCCAUGAUGCAGUAUAACUUAAGUAAUAUUAUGGAAACUUCUAUAAAAUGUUUAUAUGUCUGUUGUUUUAUCCGGGCUGGCUUCACGGGCAGGUAACAGAGACAACCAGAGACACACGGCUGGGCUGAGAACGCAGUUUAAUCUUUAUUCACGAACGGGCAAAUCACCACACCAUGUGCUUUUCUCCAUCAUC